UGUGUGACUGGACGACAGUGAUUCUCUUAUUUUUUCAAUCUUUUUUUAUCCACGGUCUUGUUGCAAUUUCAUAUUUAUUGCGCAUUUCGAUUCUAGAGGAAAAAGAACUGACAUUUUUUUGUUUGGACAAUCAAUUCCAUUGUUGACACUCACGUGCGGGUCAGAAUUAGAAAGGAAAACAAACAAAAUAUAAAUUUUUAUAGAACAACCAUAAGAGAGUUCGGCAGCUUUUGUUGACAUGGGAAAUUCAACAUCAAAAUCGGAUGGUGCUAGCGGUGAGGGUGGCGAAGUGCCCGAUGGGAAAGCUAAAGGUGGUAAAUCAAGUGGACAUCAUCAGGCGAACGGGAAAUCAAAUGCUUUAGGAAGUGCUUCUUCGGCAGCUAUGCUCAAGGUCGAAAGUACUAUGAGUCGUUCUGCAUCGGGUUCGGAUGUUACAGAGAAAUACUUCACCCAAUUAGUGCCUAUAGAAAAACUAUCUGAGAUUCUUAAAGAGAAAUCUUCAGCUAAAUGUGGCGUUAAUGGGAUAGCGUCGGAGAUUUUUGUGUCCCAAGUGUUUCCCCACUACACCGAUUUGGGUCAACGCCUAUUUAAAUUAAUGCACACAACAUCUCGAGCCACUACCGCUCACUUGGGCACUGUAGCGUUUCGUCAACAAUGUGAACGUUUCUUGGGCAUAAUGGAUGAUGCCAAGGCAUUGGAAUGUUACAUUAAAAUGUAUGCCCAACAGGAUAAUCCAGACUUUAUUGAUAAGGCAGGUGUUACACGAUUAUUGCAUAUUUGUUACACAAUUGCCAUGCAACAUUCGGGUAAUUCGAUAGUAUGCCCAUCGAUAAAUCGCACAUUCAGUUCCGUUACAAAAUCGAUUUUCUUCAGUCACGAUACCCUUAGUCUUGGUUUUGUUUGUCGUUGGUUCGAACAAAAUCUGAUUCGUUUAGUAUUACUGGUGCACAAAUAUUGUGUUCACACUCUAUCAACCGCCUAUCGUGGCCUGGAACAAGACGGACAAUCAUGCGGCAUUGAAUUACAAACACCAGUUUUGGAACAACGUAAUCCAUUUGGUGACAAAUCAUCAUCUUCAUCGUUAAACAGCUCUAAUGGUGGUUCUACCGAUAUUGUUGAUGCUUCGUCUUCAUUAAUGCCAUUAUCACAAGCCUGGUUGCUGGCCGGUGCCUUGCCUCCUCUGUAUUCGAAACCACAAAAGGUUACUUCACCAACAGCUAAUAAGGCUUCGGCCUCGCAAAUUUUCAUUGAAAAAUUGUCCAUGAUGCCCUCACAUUGGACAUUGUUAUAUGAUUCAAACGAACACGGUCUGGGUGCAAAUCGUUUUUUGCAUCACGUUCUCGGUUAUCGAGGACCCACAUUGAUUCUUAUACACACUAAAGAUGAUCAAACGUAUUUGAUUGCUUCGCCGGCCGAAUGGAAAGAAACUCAUUUGUAUACCGGUGGCGAGGGCAGCUGUGUGAUACAAUUGUGGCCCAAAUUUUCCAUGUUGGAGAAGAAGUCAAAUAUUUUGUACUUGAAUACAACUAUACGUGGUUAUCCUAAAGGUUUACGUGCCGGUUCUGAUCCUAGAAAACCGAUAUUAUCCGUAGAUGAGCAUUUUGAAAAUGUUGAUUGUAAAGGUAUUGCAGCUGUUUUGCUUUCAAUUGAGGUAUGGGGCUGUGGAGAUAAGACAUCACGUGAAGUGCAGUUGGAUAUUAAAAAGUGGCAAAUAAAAGAAGCUGAACGACAACGUACAGUUAAAUUAACAGCUGCUGAUUGGAUGGAUCAUCCAGAUCGUUUCCUUUUGGAAUUGGGUGGACGACAAAACUACAACAACUAAUGUAAAAAGACGACAGACAGGGUGUAAAAUUGAGUGAUUGUGAGUUAGUUGAGUAAUGUGAGCAGUUUAGUAGUCCAUGGUACACAGGAACCAGUUAGUUACAUAUUAUAGAUUUGAUAAGAUGGCUUUGACGUAUGAAUGUGGGUGUGUAUGGCGAUGAUGAUUUAACAAAAAACACAAAUUAAAAUAAAGAUAAAGAUAAACGAUACCGAAAAGAGGAAAUCAAUAUUAAAAACAAAACAAAAUUGUGCAAAAAAAAUUAAAUUUAAUUGAUCAAAACGAAGCUUGUUAAUUAUUGUAUGUAUUUCGUUAUCAAAAUGAAACUUCAUUUCAUUAUGACUAAUUUUUAUAAAAACAUUUUUAAUUUAUAAAAUUUUAAUGUGUGUAGAAAAACGUCUUUAUUUCUUUUAAAUACAAAUGACGAUAAAAUGUACUUAAAUAAAUAAAGUCCCCUCCCAGCAAUUAAAAAGAAAAUGUCUGUAUUAGUAUAAUUUUUAUAAAAUGUUUAAACGAAAAGAACUAAACUUGCUUUACAAAUAAAAUAAAACAAAAUAAAGUAUUAAUUUAAAAAAAAAAAAAAAAAAUCUGAAAUAAAACAAUAAUGGAAUUAAUUAUUAGAAGGUAAAUAGAAAAAGUUAUACAUUCCCUUUUAUAUGUUUUAAUGAAAAUUAAAUAAAAUACAAACAUUUUAAAUUAUUUAUCUUUUUUUAUUAUUUUUCCAAUUUAAUAAAAAAAUUAUUUAAAAUAAAUACAAAAAAUAAAGGAAAUAAAAAUUAUAUAAAUUUGUUUUGUAAUAUUAACCUAAAUCUAAAAAACUAACUACAAAAUUAUUUAAUAUACACGACUCUAUAACAUUUCAUACAUAAUUCUUAAUUCAUUGUAAGUUUUUUUUUUUUUUUUGUUAUUAUCACUAACAUUACGUCAAACGUUACGGAGUUGUCCCUACCAAACUGUAUAAAGGAAAUCCAUUCUACACAA